AUGUCCAUGAAUAAUUCUAAUUCUAAUAGCCGGUCGUUUGCACGAUCACCGCAACAACGUAAAGAGAUUUUGAGGAAGAUUAUAACUAGAGCUCAAUCUCUACUGCAUAAUCAAGAAGAAGUACUAAUGGACUCAGAAAUGAUGAGCCUAUCUUCUAAUGUUUUAAAACAAUGUACAAGAUCAUUGACAAAACGUGUAUGCUCAUAUAAUCAUAUAGAAUUUGCCCAAAAAUUGGUGCAAUAUGUAAAACAACUUCCUGAUGUUGAAUCAGAAAUACCAAAUUGGUCGCUUCUAGAGUCACGAGUUAUAAAAUCCUUUAAAAAAACAUCCCAUUAUACCACAUUAUUAGGUACUUUGGUACCAUUAGAAAAGAAGGAAAUUAACAGAAGAAAACCAAUAGUUAGAGAAACUCAAGCACAAAUAAAAAAGCCAGAUAAUGUGGUAACAGUUGAAAAAGAAGAAGAAAGUGCGGAGCAAACUGUAAAAAUGAACAAAAUUAUCUCCAAGUAUUAUAAAACCUACCACAAACCACUAGACUUUUUUAAAUUAGUUCUAAACCCAGAUGACUUUGGGAAAACUGUUCAAAAUAUUUUACAAAUAUCCUUUCUUAUUCGAGAUGGACGGGUAGUAGUAACAAAAGAUGCAUCUGGAGUACUUGUUGUUCAACCAUGCUCUAAAGACAAAACUCAGGAAAAGGUAGGAAAAAGGCCAAAUAUUCAAAACGUGAUGUAUCUAAACAUGGAACAAUGGAAGGUAACACUAGAACUCCACAUAUAUAAUUAAAUGUUACUCUAAAUUAAAUAUUUUAUAUUUCAGAUCUUAAAGAACACUUAUCGGUUAAAAAAACCAAUGAUUGAUUGUGAUACUGAAACAUUGUGA